AUGGCAGCGUCAAUGGAGUCGCAGCUCAUGGCUGGCGGGCAAGUUGACACGGAUCCCCACACGUCGGAUCCCCCUUUGCUCAGAGAAAACUCGCAAUUUAAGACAUACAGAACGAGUCGUUUCGAGUAUCCCGACGUGAGGGUGUUUUUUAGGCCGCAUGUCAAAGCCGCCGAACUGCCAAGGACACCUGCCCCAUUACCGCUCUUGGUUUGCAUACCAGGCUUGGGAGGUUCAGUUGCGCAAUUUCAUCCGCUGUUGAGUAGUCUAGUCGACCUUGCCCCUUGCUUAUCCAUCGACUUCCCUGGAGGCGGCCGUUCACGGUAUGCUGUCACGUCUUGGACCGCGUACACGCCGGAAGCGCUGAGUGAAUUGCUGGAGCUCAUCAUCGAGGACCAUCGUGAUAAGGAACAGGGUCAAGGAAUAGUCUUGAUUGGACACAGCAUGGGUACUAUGUUGGCUGCACAGCUUGCAAGUACAAGCUUAUUACACAAGCACGUCGUGGCUCUGGUGGCAGUUUGUCCAACAGCAGGCCCGCCAGACGAGCAAAAGUCCUCUCUUUUCAGACGACUCUUAUGGAUACCAGGAUGGAUAUUCUCCCUCUGGAGAGCUUGGGAUGGAAAAGGGGGACCCCUCAGCCCGAGCGUAUCGCGUUUCGUAGGCGAGGAAGCCGAUGCGGAGUUGAGGGUGAUGCAAUACCGAUUCAAUCAACAGAGCAGGACCCCGGUUUGGAGGCGUAUGGCAUAUGGUUCGCUUCCGGUCUACGACCACGGUAAACCAACGGGUGGAUUACCUGGUCUUGAAGCAUGGGCAGGGGUGAAAGCGCCAGUAUAUCUGAUUGCCGGCGAAGAUGACCAUUUGACACCACCUGGGGAAAUUUACAAGAUCCUUGAGGUGCUAGGUGGCGACAAAGAUAAUAUGCAACCCAAUGGCAGCCAGCCAAACCAAGAUGGACAGGUCCUCUCGAGUUUACUAACUACGCAGGUGGGAUCACAAAGUGGUGCUACACGCCAUGACGCUACAGAUGAAAGGUUCAUCAAAACCAAGUCUGAAAGUGCAAGCGCAGACAGCAUUGAUGAGGAACCGUCGACCCCGGUGGAAUCAGCGGCAUUGGUGCCUCCACAGCCGGAGCACCCGACUCAAAUUGUUCAAUCAUUCGUCAUGCCCUCCCCAGCAAACCAUGCCCUGCUGUACAUGCCACGGUGCUCGAGAGUCCUGGCUGGGCUGAUCUCAGAUUUUCUCGCCUCUUGUGUUACUCAGCGAUUGUCAUUAGCCUGGCAACUGCAGUAUCUGUCCCGCGAAGGGAAGUGGGAUGUGAAAAAUUUGAAUAAGUGGAAGUCCGUUGCGCCUGUAUCCGACAUAAUUGGGCCAAAAGGACAACCCAUUUUUCGAGCCAUGAAGACACUUAGAGAGGCAGAUGAUGUGCAUUGUCCAUCUGAAUUUGUUCGUAAAUGGUCUCACGUUAUCAAGGAUGUCAUCGACAUCUCCAAAGACCAGCCUGUUUACGACCCGCGCGGUUUGGAGCGAGGCGGUGUGCAUUAUCACAAGUUUCCCACUGUGUCCAAGAUUCCGCCUCAACCUCACGAGGUCGAAUCAUUCAUCAAACUUGUAGACAAGCUGCGCCUUGCUCAAAAGGAGCGAGCGGAUGCAGAGAGCUGGGAGCACCCCGAGAAAUGUGUUAUUGGCGUUCACUGUCACUAUGGGUUCAAUCGGACCGGCUUUUUCAUAGUGUGUUAUCUUGUUGAACGCUGUGAUUUUGGUGUCCAGGAGGCAAUCCAAGCCUUCGCCCAGGCUAGACCAAACGGUAUUCGACACUCCCACUUUCUGGAUCGGUUGUAUAUGCGGUAUAACGCGGAGUGA